CUAGCAGAGGCCCUGGAGGUUCGGGGUGGACCACUGCAGGAGGAGGAAAUAUGGGCUGUAUUAAACCAAAGUGCUGAAAGUCUCCAAGAACUAUUCAGAAGAGUUGCAUGAAGUCCACAUUAUACUCAUGAAGGUGUUACUCUGGAAGAAUGACAAGAAGCAGGCAGUUUCUCUGGUACUUUCUAACCUCAUGGAUAAGCUUGUGGAUUUGGGUGAUGUCUUUGAUCUGAGACCCACUACAGCACAAUUGAGCAUUGCUGACCCUGCUGCCCUUGGCUUCAUCAUCUCUCCAUGGUCGCUGCUGUUGAUGCCGUCUGGCAGUGUGUCCUUUACAGAUGAAAAUAUCUCCAAUCAGGACCUUCGAGCAUUCACUGCACCAGAAGUGCUUCAAAGCCACUCACUAUCUUCCCUCUCAGAUGUUGAAAAGAUCCAUAUUUAUUCUCUUGGAAUGACGUUGUAUUGGGGGGCUGAUCAUGAAGUGCCUCAGAGCCAGCCUAUCAAGCUGGGAGACCAUCUCAACAGCAUUCUGCUAGGCAUGUGUGAGGAUGUCAUCUAUGCCCGGGUGUCGGUACGGACUGUCCUGGAUGCCUGCAGUGCCCACAUCAGGAAUAGCAACUGUGCGCCUUCGUUUUCCUAUGUGAAACAGUUGGUAAAGCUGGUUCUGGGAAAUAUUUCUGGGACGGAUCAGCUGUCCUGUAGCAGUGAACAAAAACCUGAUCGAAGCCAGGCUAUUCGAGACCGGCUGAGAGGCAAAGGAUUACCCACAGGAAGAAGUUCCACUUCUGACGCUCUAGACAUACACAAGGCUCCAUUCUCUCAUCAGACUUUUCUUAACAAAGGGCUUAGUAAGUCUAUGGGAUUUCUGUCCAUCAGAGACACACACGAUGAGGAAGAUUGUUUCAAGGAUAUCCCAUCUGAUAAUAACUCCAGGCUUGAAGAUUCUGGGACUGUCUCCUCCCCUUACCCGUUCAAAACUAGCAGUCCACAUAAAAAGGUUUUCCCCGGAAUCGACACGCUCUCCAAGAAGAAGGUCUGGGCUUCCUCCAUGGACUUGUUUUGUACAGCUGACAGGGACUUUUCUGGAGAGACUGGCAGGUACCAGCACUGUGACCCUGAGGCUGUAACAGAACGGACUUCAAUCACUCCCAGAAAGAAAGAGGCCAGGUACUCUGAUGGAAGCAUUGCCUUGGAUGUCUUUGGCCCUCAGAAAGUGGAGCCAGUGUAUCACACUCGGGAAACGCCAACUUCCUCUGCAGUAUCAAGUGCUUUGGACAGAAUUCGAGAGAGACAAAAGAAACUUCAGGUUCUGAGAGAAGCCAUGAAUGUGGAAGAGCCAGUUCGAAGAUACAAAACUUACCACAGUGAUAUCUUUAGUACCUCCAGUGAAAGCCCAUCUAUUAUCUCCUUGGAAUCAGAUUUCAGACAAGUGAGACGAAGUGAAGCUUCAAAGAGGUUUGAAUCUAGCAGUGGUCUUCCUGGAGUUGAAGAAGCUGGUCAGGGCCAGUCACAGAAACCAAGGUAUGGCUUUGGAAGCACUAAUUUCUGGUCACAGGAGCAUGGGUUGGGUUUGGUUUGGUUUGGUUUGAUUCUCUUUAAUUGCAGUUGGCACUUGCCUUUUUAAUUGCCAGUACAAAUA